UUGAACUGUAUAUCUGCCUUUAUCUCAUUCGUUGCAAGAUGGUUCAAGUUCUUGUAAAUUUUCCUUUAACUUGCAUUCAGCCUAAUUUGAAUAUACUCAAAACCAAUUCAAGAUCAGGACCUCUUCAUCAUGCGUAUCGUGUCCAAAAAACUUGGCAAACAAGAUGCAGUAAUCAAUCUGCAGAGCUGACGAUCGACCGCCGGACAGCUAAUUACCAGCCGAGUUCGUGGAGUCAUAUUCUCUUCGAGCCGACUAGUGAGACAGAUAAUGAGUGGGAAAAUCAGACAAAGAUUUUAAAUAAGUUGGAGAGCGAAGUUGGCAGCAUGCUUGAUUGUGAAGACUUGGAGCCACAGGCUCUGAUUGAACUGAUUAAUGACAUCGACCAGCUUGGCCUCUCUUACCGAUACAGGCAAAAAAUUAAAAAUGCCCUUAAUAAGCUUCGAGAUUUGGAGGAUGCAACUGGAGAUAAAAUUAAGAGUAGUCUACAUACUUCAGCUCUCUAUUUCAGGUUGCUUAGGCAACAUGGUUUUGAGGUUUCCCCAGAUGUCUUUGAGAGAUUCAAGGACCAAAAUGGCAACUUCAAUGAAGACCUUUCCCGGGAAGUUCGAGGAAUUUUGAGCUUGUUUGAGGCUUCACAUCUUGCAUAUGAAGAAGAGAAUAUACUAAACGAGGCCAAAUCAUUCACAAGUCUACUUCUUAAGGAUUCCAAAAAGCUGGUUGGGGCAAACAUGUCAGAACAAAUAACUCAUGCUUUGGAGCUUCCGUAUCACCAUAGAAUGCGAAGGCUAGAAGCUAGGAGGAAUAUUGAAGCAUAUGCUCAAAGAGGUGAGAAAAAUCAAGUGCUACUCGAGUUAGCCAAGCUAGACUUCAACUUGGUUCAGACUAAGUUCCAAAGUGAUGUUCAAGAAGUAUCGAGGUGGUGGAAAGUUAUGGGCUUAGCAGACAAGUUGGACUUUGCAAGAGACCGGCUAAUGGAAAGCUUCUUUUGGUCAGUUGGAAUGGCCUUUGAGCCACAAUUUAGUAAAUGCCGAACGGCAGUAACCAAAGCCCUUACGCUGAUCACUGUCCUGGAUGAUAUCUAUGAUAUUUAUGGUUCCCUAGAUGAACUCGAGCAAUUUACAGAUGCCGUUGUUAGAUGGGAUCUUGAUGCUAUGAAAGAUCUUCCCGAAUAUAUGAAAUUGUUCUUCCUUGCUCUUUACAAUACCAUAAACGAUUUGGCUUAUGAAACUCUCAAGGAAAAAGGAGAGAUGAUAAUUCCUUGCCUGAAAAAGCAUGGGCAGAUAUGUGCAAAUCAUUCUUACAAGAAGCUCAAUGGUAUCACAAGAAAGGUACUCCAACCUUUGAGGAGUAUAUGGAAAAUGGAUGGAUUUCAUCAGGUGGCGCUGUGCUAUUAA